AUGAGGCGAUGCGGAUACCAAACACCUGCAAUCUUUUGUGAUCAAGAUCGAGAACCGGAUCUUUCAGACCCGCUGGAGAGAUUUGGUGAUUAUUGUGAAGGCCCGUUAAACCAGUUCACCCCUUGCUGUCGAUCGACCAAGGUUAGGUCACUUGAGAGUGUAACUCAGCGAGGA